AUGGCAAACUUUGCUUCUUCCCACGCGCGGUGCGUCGCGAACAAUUCCACAGAACCUCUUAACAACACAUCCUUUGUGCGCGUGGAGGGCGCCGGUUUGCCGAUGCAACCGGAUUUUCAAAGCGACCGGGAGGUCGAAUGCGCCGGUUUUCUGAGCGGGUGCAGGGGCUGCGCUUUUGGCGGAUUUUGGCGGGCGGCCGGCCGGGCUUUCAUCGCGCAAGGGCCCCGCCGAUUAAGCCGAGGAAAACGCCGGCACACAAUCGUUUAUUCAAAAAAAAAA